AUGCUUACUAAUGAAAAUGAUCCAUUCAAAAUUAAGUUUGGAAACACAACUAAUAUUAUGAAGUUAGUAGAAAAACUAAAAGAAAAACAAGCAGAAGAGCAAUUUACAUCUGUUGAAGUUGUAACUGCCUCUGAAUUCAAUAAAUUACGUGAUAACUACCGAAAAAUAUUAAAAGAGAAUAAUACAAUUAUUAAUAACAUAUUAAGUGAGAUUAAAAGAUUACAUAGAGAAGAAUAUAAUCCUAACUUGUUGGGUUUAUAA